AUGACAAGCACAUUGGCAGAUAUGGGCAUCUAUGCCGGGUUUGAUAUGGUUCCACGUCUAUCGAAGGGAUUACUUUACAUACACAAAUGGGAAUCAUUCAUCAAGAUGAUAAAGGAGAUCUACCAAAACGAUGACCUAGUAGAGGUCAAGCCCAACUAUAUCGUGUUCAAAGCGGGCGAGCAUCCGAUGCUCCCCUUCGAGGGCCAUAAGUUCCUCCAGUUCAACUCAAAGGUAUCAGGCAGUCAUGCAAACGGAGUGGAGGUAUACACCAGGACAAUCGCCGAGGGCGCAAAACUCCAGUUUGGCUCACGCAUCCGAUAUUGGGACGAGACUUUGGACCAAUUCGGGGUUUACAACUGGCAAGAGGUCAACGACUCGUUUAAAUCUUAUGAGCAGCCAGACAAGCCAGACAAGCCAGACAAGCCAGACAAGCCAGAAUCUCCGACUUCCAUAGCUCAACUUGUAUUUGGGACCGACCCGAUAAGUGAACUAGACCUUCAACUCUUCGACGUCCAACCGGUGCCGGGCACGGGAAGAGGUCUGGUAGCUCGCUUCAACAUCGCGACCGGCAAACGGAUACUUUCCGAGAAGCCACUUUUUACCAUUCCCGGCAUACAGUCAAUGGAACUUUAUGAAAGCACCGUUACAACGAAGCUAAAGGCAUUAUCAAAGCCCGAGCAGAGAGAGUUCCUUUUUCUUCACAACAACUUCCCCGGCAAGCACCCGUUUUCGGGAAUCUUCAAAACAAACGCUUUGCCAUGUGGCCCCGGCAGUGCCAUUAGUGGAGUUUAUCCUACCCUUUGCCUCAUCAACCAUAGCUGUCUCGCAAAUGCCCACUUUAGUUGGAAUAGCGACACAAACUGCGAAAAUAUCCACGCAAUUCGGGCCAUCAAGGCCGGGGAGGAAAUCACCAUCUGCUAUAUGAAAGGCCACUCCUUGGACUCUCGGCGCGCUUAUUUCAGAGAGUCAUUCAGCUUCAGCUGCGAUUGUGGUCUAUGCUCCCUCCCACCCCCAGAUAUCCAAAUCAGCGACGCUCGCCGCCUCCAAAUCAGACUCCUUCACGACGCAGUCGAUGAUCAAUGCCGCAUGAUUAACAAACCAGCGGAUUGUCUAGCAGACUGUCAACGUAUACUUCAACUUCUCAAGGAGGAGUACCAAGACACUGCUGGUACGUCGAUUGCUAUACUCUACUACGACGCCUUCCUAAUCAACAUCACUCAGAGUGAUCAGGCAAGAGCGAGCGUUUUUGCAGAGAGAGCGUAUGGGUCGAGAGCUAUUUGUGAUGGGGCGGAUAGUCCAGAAUCGCGGAGGAUCAAGGGCUUGAUGGAGGAUCCAACAAAUCAUAUGAAUUUUGGGAUAUCGAAGAAGUGGGAAACGGCUAAGGGGCAGGUGCCAAUGGGGCUCGACACUGUUGAGUUUGAAAAAUGGUUGUGGGAGGGGAGGUAG